AUGUAGUGAAUGCAGGGUCCGGGGAGAGCGGAUAUAGUAAAUGCAGGGUCCGGGGAGAGCGGAUAUAGUGAAUGCAGGGUCCGGGGAGAGCGGAUAUAGUGAAUGCAGGGUCCGGGGAGAGCGGAUGUAGUGAAUGCGGGGUCCGGGGAGAGCGGAUGUAGUGAAUGCGGGGUCCGGGGAGAGCGGAUAUAGUGAAUGCAGGGUCCGGGAGAGAGCGGAUAUAGUGAAUACGGGUCCGGGGAGAACGGAUAUAGUGAAUGCGGGGUCCGGGGAGAGCGGAUAUAGUGAAUGCGGGGUCCAGGGAGAGCGGAUAUAGUGAAUGCGGGGUCCGGG